AUGAGCCUUAAUAAUUCAAAUAUUACCCCUGUUGUAGAUCGUGGUGCUGGAUCUUCAACCAAUAAUAACAUGCACCAAAAUACACUUGAUUUGAAUGAGGAGACGGUGGUCCAACCUCGGUUCCUGAUCGUCAAAAGAAAAGAAGGCGAUUUUGCUACUGUAAAUCCCUUCUUAAUUCAGAAAUUUGUAUAUGGAAGAUUCGGACAAGUCAAAAACCUAAAGAAAAUUAAAGAUGGUCUACUGAUUGAAACUAAUUCAGCUGCUCAAUCAAAAGUAAUGCUAACCAUAAAGAAAUUCCUAGAUUAUGAAGUAGAAAUUAUACCACAUUCUAAAUUGAAUCAAUGCAGGGGUAUUGUACAUUGCAAAGAUCUUUUAAAUUGUUCAGAGCAAGAAAUUUUAGAUGAAUUAAAAAAUCAAGGAAUAAUCGAUGUUAAAAGAAUUAAAAGUAAACGAGAUGGUAUUUUGGUAGACACACCCAGUCAUAUUUUAACAUUUAAUACUCCUAAGCUACCCAAAGAAGUAAAAGUACGACAUUUCAUACCAUCACCUCUUCGAUGUUUUAGACGUCAACGUUUUGGACAUGCAGCUAUUAGUUGUUCUAAAGAUCAAGUGUGCGUAUGUGGUAAACCUUUACAUAUUGGAAAUCCUUGCGAACCCCCGAUAAAAUGCGUGAACUGCGAAGGCCCACAUCCAGCUAGAUCAAAAGAUUGCUUAAUGUAUAAACAAGAAUAUGCCAUCCAAGAACUAAAAGUUAAAGAAGGACUGUCUUAUAUAGAAGCAAAAAGAAAAAUAAACAUAAACACCCCUAAACCUAAUACUUCCUACUCUCAAGUAACUACGUUUCGUCCACCCGCUCCUGUUCCUACCGUAAACACACAGGAAUUGGUAAAAAAUCUACUGCCACAUUUAAUUAGUGCCUUAAAGAGCUGUUUCCAGACAACACAACUAACGCAGCAAAUUUACCCACCAUCUGAAUCACAAGAACAAUUGUCGCAGGUAACAGAUUCUGAAUCUGAGUCUGUAACUAGUGAAAACACUACAAAAACAACAAGCACCACCCGAAAAGGCACUAAGAGAAAGAAAACAAAAAGGAAAGGUGGUUGGCCGAAAGGCGUACCUAGGAGUAGAAAACCUAGUCUAGAAACAAUGGACACUGAUGUACCCCUCCCUAACCCUGAAGCACCCCUCCCUAACCCUGAAGCACCCCUCCCUAACCCUGCAGUACCCCUCCUUAACCCUGAAAUAUCAUCUUUAAAAGAUGAUAUUCAAACCGACCCUGCCAGUAAACCGCUUGGUCAUACUUCAGCAGAAGACAAUUAA